CGCCGCCGUCCCCGCCGCCCUCCUCCUCCGGCCCCCCCUCGCCCCAACCUCUCCGUCUCCGCAACCGCCGACGCCGAAGCAGACGAUCUAUCUCGGGCACGCGAAACACCUGCUUACCUCUGGCGCAAAGAUGAAAAAUGGCACCCCGUCUCCUACGACGGCUCCACCGCCGCCGCCGCCGCGGCUGCCGCUUCUACACCCCACCCGCGCCGCCACCGCCGGCGAAACCCCAAGAAAAAACCAUCCAAUAACCCCAACCCCUCUUCCCGAAUGUUCUCCAGCGACGACGAUGAUGGAGAGGAGGAAGACGAGGAAGACGAGAUGCUAGUUUCCUCGACGGAAGAUAACUCCUUUGAGAUGACGGAGCUGAGAUUAAGGAGGGCGGCGAUGAUGGAAGGAGCGAAGUCGAUGGAAAGCAGGACGACUUCGCCGGGGAGGAGAUUGUCGCCGUGUUUGGGAGGGGAAGGGGAGAGCUUGGCGGUGGUGAAGCAGUCGGAGGAUCCGAGAUCUGAUUUCAGGAGAUCGAUGGCUGAGAUGGUGGUGGAGAAGGGGAUUUAUGAAGCCAAGGAAUUGGAGCAACUUCUUCAUUGCUUUCUGUCCUUGAACUCGCAGCAUCAUCAUCAGGCUAUUAUAGAUGCGUUUACGGAUGUGUGGGUGGCGCUAUUUCCCGCGACGCCGUUUACUAGGAGUCCGGGACCGGGGAACGGUUCGCUUUGGCAGAGUGGGAAUGAAGGGGAGUGAGAGGUGGGGGGUGGGGGAGGAAGAUGAUGGAAAGGUUUGUUUUUUAUUAUUAUUUGGAUUUGAUUUUGAUUAAUAAUUGUGUUGGAGUUUGGAGAGGAGAUGUGAGGAUUUCAA